AAUACUCGUUGUACAGUUCUCAUUAUUCCUAAAACUCCAUAGUUUGCAAAGGGUUAAAUUGAAUAGCUGCUGUCGGUUUGUUUUGAAACUUACCAAAUCAGUCAUAAGAAGCUAGAAGAGUCGGGAUGGAUGACGAGGAUUUGGUUUUGCCAGCAGAUGAUAAAAGUUUUGAGGAAUUCAAACGACUAUGCAGAGAGGAAGAUCAAUGGAUGGAAUGUUAUAAUAAAAAAGGAAUCAGAGUCUGCACAAAACCAGAAGGAAAUUCCAAUAUCAAGUUAAUGAGGGCAAAGACAAUAUUCACUGACGUUCGAGCGAGUACAGUUUUUGAUGUUGUUCAUGACACCGACUAUCGAAGAGAAUGGGAUAAAGAUAUGAUUGAUAUUUAUGAUAUAUGCAAGUUAUGUGUUAAUAACACUGUUGGAUACUAUGCAGUGAAAUGUCCAACACCGAUAAAGAAUCGUGAUUGUGUUUUCCUAUGCUCAUGGAUUGCGUAUCCUAAUAUAAGGGAUCCAAAAGAAUAUAUCAUGAUCAACAAAUCAGUCACACACAAGGAUCAUCCACCAAAGAGUAACAUAGUUCGUGCGAUUUCAAUAGUUACGGGCUACCUCAUUCGACCAUUGGGUGAAUUUAAGACUGAAUUUACAUAUCUUACACAGUUUGAUCCAAGAGGUUCAUUACCGAAAUGGGUUGUAAAUACAAUUACUCAACUCUUUACUCCUAAGGUCAUUCAUCGCAUUCAUAAGGCGUCAAAAAGGUACCCAGCAUGGAAAUCGAAGCACAAUGAAAAUUUGAAACCGUGGUUGUGGCCUGAGCAGAACAGACUCCCACAAGCUGACUUGUCCAAAUUAUCUGCCAAAGUGGAAAAGGUUGAUGUCAUUGAUGAAACAAAUAUAAAAUGUGCUGAUAAUAUUCAAUCUAUAAACAACAACGACGAUUCUACGUUAAACAGCGAUUCGGAGUCUGACGACAUUAACAAAAAAGAAAUGUCUCUAGCAAAAAGCAAGAAAAAAUCCGCAAAGGCUAAAGGAAAAGUUCAGGCUAAUGGCAACGGCGUCUGAUCAACAAUUUUUUACAAGAUGGUGCUUAAGCAUACCACAUUACAAUUUUUUUCUUCUAAUUUUAACCAUAUGUGUCUCGUAAAUCCGAGGUUAAUACCAAAAAGUGAUGUGACAAUGCUUCCACAAAUAGAUGCGUUGUGUAGAUUAGAACCGUCUCAAAUGUACACCUAGUCCCAAAUUAGGCGAUAUGACAUGCGCAUACACACCCAUUGGUAUAAUAAACAGCCAGUUGUGAGUUGACUUUGCCAACGUGCCAUAUUGCGUUGUUUUCGUUCGCUUUGUUAUCUAAAAUCACAAUAUUUUGAUGCAUAAUCAAAUCAUCGAAAUUAUAAUUGAGUCAAUUGAAAUAGACCGAUUAUCGACCAGCAAAUAUACUGACAUCUCUGAGCAUUUGCAGCCGUUUCUGUGGCGACACACAUAAUUGACUUGACAAUGCUGUAUGUUUUUGCCUCGGUAGUGCGUGCUGGAUUUUGUGUUGGUUCCAGAACUCUUGAAAGGCUGUUUAUUUAGAACAAUAUUUGACAUAAGAAAUUAAAUAUUCCUCCAAAUCACUUGUACAUUGAUGCCUAUCUUAAUUUCAACUUACCGACUUGUGGAAAUGUGCAAUAGAUUGCUAUUGAACCGCUAUAGGUUGCAGUUAAUCAUGAAUGUCUCAUUGUAUAUCUGACUAAAUAAAAUACUGUUGAAUUCUGUUUUCUGUUCGAAUAAGUUUUCCACUUAUUUAACUAUUAAAUUUAGUCAUGCUUUUCAAUGAUAUUCUUUACAUUCACCAUGUUCAAUUUUUUGUUUCGGGUACUUUGUUUCACUUCGAUAAUGCAUAUGCAUAAUAUUGUUGUUUUCACCACUUUUCUUCAAUCACCCCUAUGUCUUUAAAGCUCAUGGUACAAUCAUGAAAGUAAUAUUUUGAAAAGAAAGAAACAAAUAUAUUUUAUUAUUAUCCACUUUUUGAGCUGUGUUAUUACUUUUUAAUAUCAACUGAACCACCAAUAUUAUCAUUGUAUCUUCACUAUUACGGCUUUUCUUUUUAGCAAUUCACAUAAUAUAGAUUUUUUGUUUAUCUGCUCCAUAGUCGAUCAAUGCAUAUUCCAUUAUCCUUUUUAACGUAUACAAUAUCUAUCUUACGAUUUCACCAAAUGUUGUGGUUCAAAUCUUAAUUUAUUUUUGGAAGCGCUAUAUAGUUUCUUAUGCACAUAUAUUUUACUGUCUUAUUUACGUUAUUGUUGCCUAUAAAUUAGAAUGCAACUGAUAUAUAUAAGACAAAUAGUGGCUAAUCUCUAAAACUGUAAUGGAAGUUGCUGUAUUUGUAGUCCGCCUUAUUUAGCUUUAGCUCUUAAUUUUAGAUAUUGUACAAUUAUAUUUUGUUUGGUUUGUAUACUUUCAUCUUAUAUUUCUUAUAAACCAAGUCCUUAGUCCAAUAACUAUCGAGAAUUGUAUUCAUAGUGCGGUAUGUUUUGCUCACAAAUCACAAAAACAUCAAUUGAAAUUCUAUUAUGACCUCACGUUUUAAACAUAAUGCAUUUGCUUUUUAUGUAGGUCUCCGUAUUUUAUUCUUAGUUUAGGUACAUAGAAAAUAAUAAUUAGGAAAACAUUGUGAGUAAAUACUUACUGCUUUUCAUAUUUCCAGUCCAUCGAUUACGUUUGUGGAUCACCUUCAUCCGGGUGGGUGCAAUAUUACUAUGGUAGCACUGCGUCCGAUCGGUUUAUAGGCCAUUGACAUCAUAUGACAUUGCUAUUAUAUUUUUGUAUAGUUUUGAAUAAACAAUGCAGUGCCUCUUG